GGGCGCCUUUUGCUCCCAGUUCCCUCCCAGUGCUCCCAGUAAGAGCGGCACUGGGGGGGAAAGCGCUCCCAAUUCCUUUCCGGGGCUCUCAGGAUCGCUCCCGAUGCUCCCAGGAUCCCUCCCAGUGCCGCGCGGGGCGGGGCCGGUUCGGCGACACCCCCAGGGCAGAGCGCGGCUGCUUUUGGGUGUCGGCAUCUGCCCGGGCCGGGCUGGGAGCGGGUGGAAGAAGAGGGACAAAGGAGCAGGCGCAGGAGUAAGAGGAGGAGCGGGAGGAAGAGGAGCGCAGAACCGCGCGGUUUCCCUGGCCCUCCGCUCAGGCCGCAGCUCCCCCAGGUUCGGUAGGAUCCCGGAACUCGCAGGUGUGCGGGGAAGGAUUUCUCUUUCCCAAACCUUGGCCGGAUGGAGGAGGAAGAGGCCUCGAGGAAGAUGGCCCGGGAGCCCCAGGCAGACAAGGAGCUGAGGACGGGCACCAGGGAGAACAAAUCCCCGCGGCACAACUUCGAGCAAGAGGCCGUUUGCAGCAGCUCCACAGCGCAGGAAUCCAACGGGGAGGAAAAGCCCUGGAGAUCCUGUACGAGGGGGGACUGCAAAUGCAGAUCAUGGAGAUCUGAGGAGGAAAGACCCAGCCCAGGCCAGGGAGGCGGCCGGAGCUCGAAGCUGGGGGUCCAUGAGCAGCUUCAGGAUGGGGACAAGCCCCACAAGUGCUCAAAAUGUGGGAAGAGCUUCAGCCAGAGCUCUAGCCUGAUCCGCCACGUGGGGAUCCACACAGGGGAAUGGCUCUGUGAGCGGGAAUGGCUCUGUGAGCGUGGGGAAUGCAGGAAGAGGUUUCAGACCAGCUCCACUCUCCUCAGGCAUCAGCAGACCCAUACAGAGGAGAAGCCUUUCUGCUGCCCUGAGUGUGGGAAGGGCUUCAAGCACAACUCGGCCCUUGUCACCCACCGGCGCAUCCACACCGGGGAGAGGCCAUACGAGUGUCCUGAGUGUGGGAAGGGCUUCAGUCAGAGCUCCACCCUGACUGCCCACCAGAGGAUCCACACAGGGGAACGGCCCUACGAGUGUGGGGAGUGUGGGAUAAGCUUCAGGACGAGCUCUGAACUGACUGUCCACCAGAGGAUUCACACGGGGGAAAAGCCCUACAAGUGUGGGAAGUGUGAGAAGAGCUUCAGCCGGAGCUGCCACCUGAUCCGCCACAUGGGAAUCCACACAGGGCAAUGGCCCUACGAGUGUGGGCAAUGUGGGAAGAGCUUCAGGACAAGCUCUGAACUGAUUGUCCACCAGAGGAGCCACUCUGGGGAGAGGCCCUUUGAGUGUGAUAAAUGCAGGAAGAAGUUUAACACCAGCUCCCAUCUCCUCCUGCACCAGCGGAUUCACACAGAGGAGAGGCCCUUCCGCUGCCUCGACUGCAGCAAGGGCUUCAGGCAAAAGUCUGACCUCAUCAAGCACCAGCGCAUUCACACAGGGGAGAGGCCUUACAAGUGUCCCAAGUGUGGGAGGUGCUUCUCACAGAGCUCUGCCUUGACCCAACACCAACGGAGGCACCUCAAAGGAAACCCUGCAAGUGCUCUGAGUGUGGGAAAAGCUUUGGAUGCUGCUCCAGCUCCAUCCCCCAUGGGAGGAUCCGUGUUGGAUGAUCCCCAGUGAGCCCUGGUGGGCAGAGUCCUGGUGAUCCAUGGUGCCAUUGGUCUAUGUUGGUUGCCCUGGCUGGGUGCCUCCACAUCCUCCUGGCUCCCCGUGGGCACCUGGACACAUCCACAAACCAAUGUCGGAAAUCUAUUGUGGAGAGUUUGAUUUGUCAACUUCUGACCCUAGAAAAAUCUCACUUUUUGCUUCUUCGGGUGGCAUCGAGUAACACUGGAUGGCCUUGGAGGUUAUCUCCAACAUAAAUCCAUUGUUUUAAUUCUCUCUGGGCCAGCAUCUUCCAUAGCCAAAUGGGGACAGAUUGGAGAAAACCCCACAAUUUUGGAGAUGGUGAGGUGGAAACCCCUUCAAAAAAGGUUCUUUCCACCCACCCAAGUGCCGCGACCCGAGGUUCAGGGAGAAAGCACAC